CGCGGUGUCCACACCCACCGGAACCGCGGUCCCCGCCGGUCCCCAGGCGCUCGCGCCCGCUCCCUUUAAGGACUCUGUGCGCACUCCCGAGACACCAGGAGAUAUGGCGGCGUUCAUGACUCUGAGUCAGUUAUCAAGUGGAAACCCAGUUUAUGAAAACUACUACAGACUGCUCGACCCAGGAAACACAGGCAAAAUAUCAGCUGGCGAUGCAGCUCAGUUUCUUAAGAAGUCUGGCCUGUCAGACAGCACACUGGGAAAGAUUUGGGAUUUGGCAGAUUCAGAAAGAAAAGGCUAUUUGGACAAGCGGGGUUUCUUCAUAGCUUUGAGGCUGGUGGCAUCUGCGCAGGGUGGAAAUGACAUAAGUCUUCACAAUCUCAACCAAAACUUAGCUGCACCCAAAUUUAAAGAUACAAGCAGCCCAUUACUAACUGUUUCAACAACAGCAUCUGAUUCACAGUGGGCCAUUAAGCCUGAUGAAAAGGGAAAGUUUGAGGGAAUUUUUGAGAGUCUGUUACCUGUGAAUGGCCUCCUCUCUGGUGAUAAAGUCAGGCCAGUUUUGAUAAACUCCAAGCUACCUCUGGAUGUGUUAGGAAAGAUUUGGGACCUAAGUGAUGUGGACAAAGAUGGACACUUGGACAAAGAAGAAUUCACCGUGGCUUUGCAUCUUGUGUAUCGCACCAUGGAGAAGGAGCCGCUCCCCACUAGUUUACCCGCUUCCCUUAUCCCCCCUUCUAAGAGGAAGAAGACUGGGGUUGGACUUCCAGGUGCUGUUCCUGUGCUGCCUGCUCUGUCUGGCCUUGGAACUGGUCCAGCUCUUCUCAAAGAAACUUUACGCAGCACUUCUCCUCUGGUCAACACUACUCCCCUCGGCACUGCUGCUCUUUUUGGCUCCGGUGCUGCCAACCUUUCUCCAAAACAGUCAUUUAAGUCCAGUUCUCCGCCGGCGGUGAACUGGGUUGUACCAGUGGCUGACAGAGAGAAAUAUAAAGAAAUUUUCAAGAACACGGACACUGACAAUGACGGCCUCGUCAACGGCGGCGAUGUCAUCGAGCUCUUCAUGAAUUGUACGCUCUCCCAGACGAUGCUCGCACAGAUAUGGGGACUUGCUGACACAAAACAAACAGGCAAGCUGAACGAGGAGCAGUUUGCUCUAGCCAUGCAUUUGAUCCAACAAAAGGUCAAUAAAGGCAUCGACCCUCCCUCUGCUCUCACUCCUGACAUGAUCCCUCCAUCAGAACGAUCUGCAUCAUCAGCUAUGGGCUUUGACGGUAUCGGCUACACAGGGUCGACAGAGCCGACAGGUAUCAAAGAGCUGGAUGACCUCAGUAAGGAAAUAUCUCAUCUGCAGAGAGACAAAUUCAUCCUGGAGCAUGAGAUCAGAGAAAAGGAGGAGGCCCUCAGACAAAAAAACAGUGAUGUGCAGGGCUUGCAGAAUAAUUUGGAAAGGGAGAGCAGCAGCUUGCAAGACCUGGAGUCCCAGAAGCAGGAUGCCCAGGUACGCCUGGAGGAAAUGGACCAACAGCGCUCCAGGCUUGAAGGAAUGCUCAACGACAUCAAGCAGAAGUGCCAGGAUGAAACCCAGAAGAUUUCAUCCCUGCAUAGCCAGAUCCGCUCACAGGAGACUGACCUCCGCAGUCAGGAAGAUGAACUGAGUCGCACCAAAACGGACCUGAAUAGAGUCCAAGAGGAGGAGGCACAGCUAGAGCAGAGAUUGCUCUCCGGUCGGACUCAGCUGGACAGCAUCAUUAAGUCACUCAAAACCACCCAGGAUGAGAUCAGUCAGGCUCGUGGUAAGUUGUCACUGAUUCAAGAGAGCCAGAAAGAGUUGACCAAGACCAUUGAGCAGUACAACAAUGCUUUGAAAGAAAUCAACGCAGGAAACUUGAGCAACCUGCCGGACCUAAAUGAAGGCUUUGCUGAAAGGGAGGAUGGAAGCUUCAGAAGUACGGAGGGCUCUUUAAAGUCAAGGAUAGCCAUGUUCAACAACAACAGUGCUGCCAAGGAGACUCGAGCAGACCCCUUCAAGAUGGAGGAUCCCUUCAAAUCUGACCUCUUCAAAGAUCCAUUUGGAAGUGAUCCUUUCAAAGAAAGCGACCCUUUCAAAGGCACCUCAUCUGAAGACUUUUUUAAGACAACUGACAGGCCAGACUUGUUUGGAUCUGGAGACCCCUUUAGCAGAAAACCUGUACCUCCAGUCAAGCCAAGUCCUUUUGGCAGCAGUGACUCCUUCAGAUCAAACAGCCCAAAAACAAAGGACUCAGAUUUGUUUGGGAAAGCAGACCCCUUUGGAAGCAACUCUUUUGGAAGCAAGGGGGGUGGAUUUGCUGACUUUAGUCAGAUGUCAAAGAAGUCGGACAAUCCUGUACUCCCAAUCCCAAAGAAAAGUGUGCCUAAGAGGCCUGCACCUCCCUAUGGUUUGAGUCCAUCAGAGCUGCUCCAGAGCGUUGGCUCCACAGCAGACGGUGCAGACUCUUUCUUUACGACACAGUCGAGUAAAACAUCCAAAGAUUAUCCUAUGGGUUUUGCAAAUUUUGCAUCUUUUGGAAGUGAGAGCGAGCAGCUGGAGUGGGCCAAGCGUGAGAGCGAGCAUGAGGAACGGGAGAGGUUGAGGAGGCUGCAGCUCCAGGAGCAGAAGGACCUGGAGCUGGCCAUCGCUCUCAGCAAGACCACCAUGCCGAACACCUGAGCAGGCGUGCUCCAGCACAACUUUCUGUCCCCUUCACUUUUCCUUACAGCCCGCCAUCUACAGGCUCGUGACAACAGUACCAUCAUUGGCCCGACAUGACUAGCACCCCCUGUUACCAACUUGUGCAAGAGCCCAGUGUUUCUGCAGCUAUGACUGUACUUGUGUUCAAAUGACUCCACAUUUAGCUACUAGUUAAGGUUCAUUGCUCCCAAACUAUGUGGAAACUAUAAUCAGGGACAAUAUGGAGGCACUUGAUUUAAGCCUUGCUUCAUCCUCCAAGAACAUGGAUUUAACGCAAGCCAAACCGGCAGGGUACUCGACUACUACAACCUAUAUCUAACUCCAUAUCUGGUUAUGGCUAAUCAGCCUUACCUUAUCCAAAUUUGUGGGGGCUUUUUUGAAGGUAAAAUAACAUUUUAAAAAUAUUUUUGUUUUAUUUAGAAACGAAAGCAGCUAAUUUGUCAUGUAUGAAGUGAGAUACAUCCUAAAACUGUUUUUAUAUCGCUCAGAAAAAUCACAAUGAAAGUCGAAACAUUUGCUCUGCUGACAUUCAAUUGACUUUUUUCAAAUUUAUUUUGUUUUGUUUUUAUUUUGUUUUAUUUCAUUUUUUAGGAAACCUCUUCUUUUAGUGUAUAUAGUUAUACGGUUUUAUUUUGAGCUCAACCAAAUAAAAGACAGGGGGGAAAAAACUCCAUUCCUGUCUUAAACAAGUUAUGAGAUCAUCAGUAGCAUGAUUUAAUUCUCAUUUUAAAUGCUACUGGUGUUUCUGGGCAUUUAUGCUUUCAUAGCUAAUAUUUAUAUAAGUAAAGUGCAUGAAUUAAAAGAGUACUGGAAUAUAUUGGAAAUCCUAAAGAUGCUAAUGAUACUCAUUACGGUCUUCCUUUCCUGUGAACCCAGCUCUGUCCACUUGGAGCGCUCUUCCUCUGCGAACAGCUUGUUUGUCAGAUAGAUCAUCAUUGGUUGCAUUGUUGUAACACCCAAAUAGCUCCCUGCAACUAAUGCCUCUAUUAAAUGGAGGAAGUGUAAACCUCUCUUGUUUAUACUGGUGCUGUUACACCUUUUUACUACUUCUGCUAUUCAGCCAAAUCGACCUUUUGGAUAUUUAUUAUUUUUCAUAUGGAUUUGUGUUAUCACUGUCUAGUAAUCUAGUGGGAGGACUUUUCUGCAAAUGGCCUGAAUUAUUGCAUCCUUGUAAUCAUACAAAACACUAAUCAGGUUUAUGUGGCACAUAAUGUAUGCACUGUUAUGUGGACAUGCACAGAGUGACGGCGCCUUAUUUUUCAACACGUUAACACUGUAAUGUGUUAUUGCUGCACAUUAUGUAUAUAAUUUUGAGGUAAAGGUUUGAGUUGCUCAAAACUGUAAGGACUUUUAAUUGAAUAAAAGUGAUUUUUAACACCAAGCA